AUGAAGCAGCCUCAAGGCUUUGAAGAUGCUAUACAUCCUUCUCAUGUCUGCAAGUUACUCAAGUCCUUGUAUGGUCUUAAACAAGCUCCUCGAGCUUGGAAUGCUAAGUUCACCAGUUAUCUUCCUACUUUGGGUUUCACUCUAUCCCAUUCUGAUCCGAGUCUAUUUGUUAAGCAUACAGGCAUUGACAUAGUUCUUCUCCUUCUUUAUGUGGAUGACAUUAUCAUCACUGGUUCCUCCUCUACAUUAGUUCAAUCUGUUAUUACAGAUCUGGGUGAAGCUUUUGAUAUGAAAGACAUGGGCAAACUUACUUUUUUUCUUGGAUUGGAGAUUUCAUAUCUUUCGAAUGGUGAUAUUUUUGUCAACCAGGCUAAGUAUCUUCGAGAUCUCCUCAAGAAGGCAACCAUGGUUGAGUGUAAACCAUGUUCAACACCAGCCAAACCUUAUCAGCAGUUUCUUAAAGACGAAGGUGUUUCUCUCCAAGAUCCUACUCCUUAUCGAAGUCUCGUGGGGGCUCUUCAGUAUCUCACUUUCACUAGGCCUGAUAUCGCCUAUGCUGUCAAUUCUGUAUGCCAGUUUAUGACAGCUCCUACAGAUAUUCAUUUUGGUGCAGUCAAACGUAUUCUCCGAUAUCUCAAGGGUACCUCUCAUUAUGGUAUCACUUACACUUCAAGUGAUAUGCAACUGCUGGUCUAUAGUGAUUCGGAUUGGGCAGGAGAUCCUAAUACCAGGUGCUCUACCACUGGUUAUGUGGUUUAUCUUGGGAACAAUCCCAUCUCAUGGCAAUCUAAAAAGCAAACUUCUGUUUCGAGAAGUUCUACAGAAGCCGAGUAUAAGGCUUUAGCUCAUUCUGCCUCUGAGGUUUCGUGGAUACAACAAGUUCUUAAGGAUAUGCAUUUGUUUCUUGCCACCCCUCCUAUCUUGCAUUGUGAUAAUUUGUCUGCUCUUGCCUUAAGUUCAAAUCCUGUUUUUCAUUCCAGGAUCAAACAUUUAGACACCGAUUUUCAUUUUGUUCGUGAAAGAGUUCAGCGUGGGGACAUUCAUGUUCAAUAUGUGCCCACACAAGAACAGGUGGCUGAUGUGCUCACCAAGGGGCUUCACAUAGUGAAGAUUGAGCUUGGUAGCAAGGAAAUGGAAGCAUUCACAAGAUAA